CGAGCCUGCGGCCCCGGCCGCGCACCAAAGCCGGGGAGCCCGCUGGAUGCUGAGACAUCCCCGCCGCCGCUCAACCUCGGGGCUGCCGGAGCAUGGACUAUUAAAAACUUGCCUUUCUGCAGUGCGAGGUAAUACUUUAACUCCAAUAUGGGAAAGCAAAACAGCAAACUACGCCCUGAAGUCAUGCAAGAUUUGCUAGAAAGCACAGACUUUACAGAACAUGAGAUCCAGGAGUGGUACAAAGGCUUCUUGAGAGACUGUCCAAGUGGACAUUUAUCUAUGGAGGAGUUUAAAAAAAUAUAUGGAAACUUUUUUCCUUACGGGGACGCUUCUAAGUUUGCAGAGCACGUAUUCCGCACUUUCGACGCCAACGGAGACGGAACAAUAGAUUUCAGAGAAUUCAUCAUAGCCCUGAGUGUAACGUCGAGAGGAAAACUGGAGCAAAAGCUGAAGUGGGCAUUCAGCAUGUACGACCUUGAUGGGAACGGCUACAUCAGUAAGUCAGAGAUGCUGGAAAUCGUGCAGGCAAUCUAUAAGAUGGUUUCUUCUGUAAUGAAGAUGCCAGAAGAUGAGUCAACACCAGAGAAGAGGACUGAGAAGAUCUUCCGCCAGAUGGACACCAACCGUGAUGGAAAGCUCUCUCUGGAAGAGUUCAUCCGAGGCGCCAAGAGUGAUCCGUCCAUAGUCCGUCUCCUGCAGUGUGAUCCCAGCAGUGCCGGGCAGUUCUGAACCUGUCCUUUGGAUGAAUUAUGUAUCUGCUUUUUUUUUUUUUUCCUUGCCAAACAACAUUCAUGGUAGUGUUGCCUCUGUAUGGCCAAUUAUGCCUUCAUUUGUGGCAUCUUAUAGCUUAUUUUGUUGUGGAUUAAUUAUAAGAAUGCUGAAUUGCUCUUAACAAUUUGUCCAGAGCACGGGCAGUACUGUUUUAAACAGAUAUUGUGGUGUUAUCAUUGUUUUUAAAAUUUCAUUUUGUUGUUUGUUUGUUUGUUUGUUUGUUUGUUUGUAUCUGUUUUGGAAAGUACGUGUUGAGGAGGAGUAAACCAGCAACAAACCCCUUGGCAGCAAGACUCACUGACAGAUUUUAGAUUGCUGCUUUAGUUGUUAGGUAUUCACCUGCAGGACCUGAAUGUGUAGUAAGGCUGAACCAAAGGGGUUGUGAUGGGUAGGGUAGGAUUCACCUGGAACCUCCUCUCCUGUCCAGGAGGCACCAGUUAAGAUCAAAGACAGGACUGGGAAGAAGUAUGAAAGUGCAAAACGUGUGUGGGGUGUAUCAUCCACUCCUAUGCCUUGUUGCUUCAAUGCUGUGAACCCUUUCCAGGUUGUGAAGGAGAAGGGACAAAAUGAAGGUUGACAUUUUUUUACUAGGUUUACAUUGGUUGAUGUCAUAUGGCUUUAUCUGAAAAUCCAGCAAUUUGCAAUCCUGAUCUCCAAAUCCACAACUGACAAUACCUCUUGCCGUUUGGGAUCAGCAAAAGCAGACACAGAUAUGAAAAGCUGGGUCUUGACAAUGAAUUUAAGGGAGAUACAUGUUGAAUGUGAAAUUUUCAGGUUAGUAAUAAAGCAGUUGCUACUAGGGAGAGUGGACAUUCGCGUGAGAAACUCACAGACACCUGCAAGCAGCUCCAGCUAAGGCACAUCUGAGCAUAGCAGGAAGUUUUGGGGGUGUUUUUGUCUCUCUCCAUGUAGCUAACAGAGUUUCUGGGCCUGCUCUUAGGGGAAGGCUGUCAUCAAAACUUGUUUUAAACAUAAAAUUGUAGCAUUUAUAUUUCAUUUAUUUUAGUAAAGUUCAAAAAAUCUGUACUGAAAUGAGGAAAUGGUACGCUUUAUGAUAUAUUUAUAUAUAUAAAAAUUAAAACAAAAAAAGAUCAGCUCUUGAGAGAAAUGUUGAAUGUUUAUCUUUCCGCCUAGGUGCAGGAGUUCUGAAAAUUUGCUGCUGCAAAAUUUUACCCUUUGGUCAAACUUGCUGUAUGCAAAGCUAGUACACGUGGGAUUUCUUAGGGACUUUACAAGUACUGUUGCAAAAGAAAAGCUGGAAAAGCUUUAGCAACAGGAGGCAUUAUGCUGACUAAAUUGGCAUUAAUCAGUCAUUAGCUAAGUCUGCUUUGUGAUUCUGUUGGAGAGCUACCCAUGCAGGCAGUGCACGGUGUUGGGAAUUCAUGAGCUCGUUAGAGUAACCUUUGUCUGACAGGCAAAGUUGGCAUUUUGUCAAGUGACCUUGUCGAUGCUAAUCCCCAGUAGCCUUAAUUUAAAAUAAACCAAGUAAAAGAAGUCUGCUCUGCAGAUGAUGAUUAGCUAAGUACUAAUUAGAAGUCAUGAAUAAGUAGUUGAGCAUAAAUAAUCUUCUGUGGAACACUAGCUAGCAUGUACAAUAACUGACAGAAGCAAUCUUAUACUUCAUUUUUCCAUACCAUUUGCUUUGCCAGGUGUGAAGGGCGAAGCACGUUAAGAGAAAAUAAAAGUAAAUUGAAAAUAACAUUGUUAAUCAGUUGUACUAAAAUUUUUAUGAGUGGCUAAUGACACUCAAUAAAUGUCUUCAAGUACACAUCUUUGUCUCAAACAAUCAUAAAAAUCCAGUUGAUUAUAUAUUUCCAUUACAUUCAUCAAAAUACUGAGCCAAGAUGAGCGUGGGAAAAUAAGAAAGCAAAGGGGGCCCAACCACAGACACAAACAGAUUUUAAUACCCAGCACUUUCAGGUGUUAUGAGCAACACUGGCAAGUUUUGCACCAAUUCUUCUGGUUGAUGAAAAUGUUCUCUUAUCUCCUUCUCCCAAAACUUAAUUAGACACCAUGUGCACAAAUCUAACCCUUUGAAGGACAGUCUGUGCCUACCUUCUUCAAGGCAAUUUUCUUCUUUACCUGGAGAGGUUCUGGCCCUCUCUCCAAUAUCCAUCACCCUGUGGAUUUUGAAAGUCAUGUACCUUAGGGUUGUUUUUCAGCAGAAGAAGCCUGGCCAGACUGCUGAAGGAAGGUCAGUGGGUGUGCACUGACUAACACCCCCCUCUGCCAGCUGGGAAUGACCAGUGCCGCCGUUCAUCACCACCCCUGUGCCAGCAGGACAAGGUGACACCAGAGGAUCCCUGCCGAGCUUCCAAGCUCCUGGCUCAGUGCAGGCACCCACGUCCAAAGCAGCCCAGACCUAUGGAAGCUGGCAUUUACUGGAGGUGAACUCAGAUACCUUCUACGGUUCCAUCUUCUUCUUAAUGCUGUGACAGCAGUUGCAUGUGACUGAAGCUUUUAAAAUGUUGCCUUUUAUUUAAGUGACUGCAUACCACCUCUUUUUCAUUGUACAAGACACUUCUGGCUCAGAACCUAACCUCUCAGUUUGUUUUUGCUCAGUAGUUUUGGGGUGUUGAGGCCAGGCUCACCUCCUGUGUUACUCCCGUACAGCACGUGUUUGAAAGCACAACGUGUGCUGUGACCCCAGGCCAGCAGACAUGUAAUGCUUCCCACAGUUCACAAAAUUUGGAAUAGUAAGAAUUAGCUUACAGCUGCAGAGGGCGUAGCUGCAGAUAAGGCUAUUGUAUAAACCUUUACAGAGUGAACUAAGGUUAUUCUUUUACCUGACUACCACUAAUGAUUGGUAUUAUUUUAAAUUAUUAACAAUCCCUUUCUUUCUCUGCCUCUGCAUGUACUUAAAGAGUGAUUUGUAGCUGAAGUUGUGAUGGGAACAUCUGCAGACUUCAAAUCAGCAGGACAGCAGUGGUAUGCUGUGCCUCAGAUUGAAAUUUUCUGCUUUGCUGUCUUUUGCAUUUGUAAUCAUAACUGCCUUCAUAAAGCUUUUGAAGGCAAAGUGGUGUAUCCUGUAUAAAAUAGCACAGUAAGUCAGACUUUUGAGUGAUUCAUUAGCAAUAACUCCACACAGGAAGGAUGGCAGACAGCACAUACUAUUUCAUAUCACUUCUCAAUUUUGUAGAUGCAUUCUCUAGUUUUAUUUGCAUGUGCAAGAGGCAGUCUUCACUAUGUGUUGUCCAAAGCAAUGAAUGAGUUCAUCUCACAAACUGUAGAUUGAAGUAAUGGAAAAUGCAAGUCCCAUUUGUCUGGUGUUACCAGUCACUGUCAAACUCUGGGCCAGAAGAUGUGAAAUGGGGACUAUGACUUGUGAGUUUUGCAGUAGCCUCUCUUUGUUUCAGGAUGCAUUGGGAAGGGAAAGGGGAAAACAACUGUUUUAAAACCAGCAUAUAUAUUCUUGUGAGCACUUAGAGUUUGAGAGGGACUGAAGAAAUAUUUAUGUUUCAACAUUAUUUGAAGCCCUGUCAAUUCACAGUUCAAUGAUGUUCCUGGGGUAUCCAGAGCUAUGCUGUUCCCUUGCAGUUCUUAGAAGCUUUUAAGAUUUUUAUCUUCUUCCUGGGGCAUUCUGUCCUUUGUUGCUCUGUGUUAUAAGGCAUGACCUCCACAUUUUCUGCUGCUUAAAACAGUAAGCCAGAAGUGUGUAAAUUUCGUAGCUGGAUGAGGUCUGUGUGCAGAAAUAUUGCACACCAGCACAGGAAGUAAUCACACAUGACCAAGUCCCCGUGGUUUGAACGCUGCCCCUGGGGGAUGAGCCCCAGGACUUCUCUCUUCACUGAUUGCAAAAGUGCAAUAAUGCGGCUUAGCUUGAUUUUCUUUCACUGCAGAUCAGGUUAAGUCACAUUACCUUGCGUUUGCUGUGGGCAGAACCUUGUCUCAGCUGACUCAUGGAAACUUGGUGAACUGUGGUAACUUGAUGUUGAGCCCUAAUCUGCAGACUAAGCUAAGGUGAGAAGAUGGCCUUGGCCAUACAUCUCAGUACAUGUGAACCAGAGAACACGGUGACAAGUGGCAGGUCCCUGGGACAUGUGGCAGUGAGAAGGGAAUCUCCUGCCUCAGAACAAAUGCCCUAAGCUGAGCUGCCUCCUUCUUUUAAAACUCUCUCCUUUUUUAGCACUGCUGGUGUAAAAUGCAACAUGAUAGCAAUAUAGUAGGUCAGGAUCAAGGAGGUAUCCUUCAAGGGUUUCAUUUUGCAGUUUAGCCUACAAGUGCCAAGUGGAACAAUCAGACAAGUCUGAUUGUUGGCUGGACAAGUCUUCCUGUACACCAGCACUCCUUUUGUCUUUCUCAUGGUGCUCCCUCGGUUUCCUGGCAUGGCAGUCCUGGGCUCAGCAGUUAGAUGUCGGGUACCUGGUGCAAGAACAGUGAAGAAGAAUAUUUCACCUGCCCUUUGCAGAAGUAUUUGGAUGCAUUAUUUGCUCUGUGUCUUACUAAGCAGGAUCUCAUGUAGGAGUCUUAAAGUGGGGAAACUUGGUUUUCUUGGUAUCACAGGCAGAACUUGUGCUUAGAAAUGCAGAGAAACUUGGCAAGUGCCAGAGAGCUGAGCAGUGCUCAGAGCUGCAUGCAGUUUGCCACUGAUUGUGCAGUAGGCAGAUAAGUUAAACAGCAGUGAUACAUCAGACACAUGGUGUGAUGUGUUUCGAGAUAGGGCUUGACUAGAAAUGGCACCUUCUAUGUGAGCAGCUCAGUCUGCUGCAUACUCUGUCAGAGGCGCUGACAAAAUACUCUCUAAAAUUAAGCAGCAGAGCUGCUCACCGUACCCUGGCAGGCAUUGAACAAACAGCUCCCAGGAUGAACAUAAGGUUUUCCCUAAGUGCAGCUAAGGACAAAACAUUGCCUGUAGGAGUUCAUUCCCGGUCAUGGUAGAAAAGAAGAAGGGAAAGCUCCGUCGACUCUCAAAGCCCAGGUGUCAUUUUGCAGGCUAGGGAUGGUGGAAUGAACAUCUGUGUUUUAAGCACGUAGAAACGACAGCAGGGAUUGUAAACUGGCAUGAAAAUCAGUGACAUUGGAAACCAGGACAACUUGCAGUUGAGGGACUGCAGAAGCCAUUAGGUGCCUCUGGCCUACAGAGCAGUAGAACUAUCAGUUGGAUGUGCAAUCAAUCUCCUUGCCCCUUGCAGAAACUAUCCCUGUCUACUACGGGUAUCUAUAGCUUCUCUUAUUCCAUCCUGGCUUUUGCUGCUGUUGUUUCCAAAUUAUCCAUACUGAGAAGUUGUUUCCAGGGUGAGGAUUUUCACAGGAUAAGGCAUAAAGCUUUCCAGAUGUACUGUCCACAUCUUAACAAGCUGGAAAGGCCAGAUGCAAGAGGCUUCUCAUUGUUUCCCACUGGUUGUGUUAUUUUAAUGUGUAUCUGGGAUUAAGCUAUCACUUGUAAAAUGCUGACUAAUAAGCAAAGCAAAAAAAGAGCCUGAGUUGUAGUGAACAAUGCAGAAAGACUAGAAAAAUUAAAAACUGUAAAGACAUCCCUGCCUGUACCCCAGGGUCUGGAUUUGCACAGUGAAACCCUCUUAGCAGUAACCAGCACAGAACAGCUCCUCUACUCCAGCCCAGUCAAUGGUACCUCCUGGGCUGCUUCAGCCCUGUGUGUUGAGGCUGGGGACUCUGGUUCCUGACACAGAUACAGUCAUCUGAGAUGAUUAGGCAGGCUAAGGGCUUCCUAGGUCUCGAGGCACACAGCAGCCACCCAUCCUCUGCAUAGUAUUCACUUACUGUGCACCUGAGAUGUUUUAGAUCUUCCCUUCUUGCCCUGACAUUAUACCAAAGAUGUUCUCACCUUCCCAGGGCAUGUGCUCAGGGUGUCCAGCUCUCUAAGUCUUUGCAGCCACCUCCCAGUUGCCAUCCCCAGCCUCUGUGUGAGCAAACAACAAACACCAGCCCUUGACCUGUGGAGGAGCCAAGCUUGAUGCAAUUAAAUGGAACAGCUUCUGAUUUGGUUUCCUAUCUUUGGUCCACCUGUGUGUACCACACUAUUUAUUUCCUAUUAUUAAGCACUGGCAGUAUUAAACAUUUUAAGAGCUCCCAGAACCUCUGAAACAACAUGGUUUUCAUUAUUGUGUAUGUGUUUGUCAAGGCACUGCAGACUGAACCUGCCUGGUGCUCGCUCUCCACUGCCCUGGUUUACUCCACACAGAGCUGGAUCCUUCCUGGCUGGAGCAGCACCUCCCUACUCAUCCCCCUGCAGCAUGCAGUGCCCCAGUCCUGCAGGAGCACCCAGAUGAUGUGGACCAAUUGUGGCAUAGUUAUAUCAGGUGGAAACUCUUCCUGCUAUCUGUCAAGUGUUGGGGCUGUGACCUCUGGUUUUCUCCUCCCUGGGGACAGGGGUUUCAGGGGUUUCAGUGUUCAGGGUUGGCCUCACGUUUCCCCACCAAAUGGGAUGACAGGAUGAUGGUGAUUAGUAAACCCACCUGAGAAAAUCCUCAUAGAGUCUAAACUUCAUUUGUGCUGUUCAUUGGCUGCACUCAGAGGGAAGAAUAAUGGGUCCAGUGUGGUGGUUUGGGGGAGAAUUUGCAGUUCUUUGCUACCAGAACCUUUUUAUUUCCUGUCAUUAUUCCCAUUUCCAGGGCAACCAAAUAGCUUUUUAUUAGUAUCUGGAAGAAAAAGAAAAAUCAAAUCCAGGGUUUCAAUCCAAUAAGGAUCUAAGGAAGGUUAGUAAAGACAUCAUGUUCAAUGUUAGUCAUACAAAUGUUCCAUAAAAUCAUGUUUCUUUGGUAUUUUGUGUUUACUUUUCUUGUUCAUGUUUUAGGCACGUUUGUGAUUUAUUUCAUUAUUUUGGAUCCUCUUAGAUUCAGCCCUGCUGGUCCUUCAGCUCUUAGGCAGAAGUCCCAAUGAUCCCAAGAGCAGAACUGACUAAGCAAUUACUAGCAAGGUAGGCACACCGUGCCUGAUAAAAAUGAAGAGCUUAAUUAACUUUGGGAUCUUUUUUGUAUGCACACUUGCUUCAAGGAGACAAAUUGAGCUGCAUUUCAAUAUGUUUAUCUCUUCCAUUUGCUCACUUCAAUUCCACCUAAGCAGUCUUGUAGUUAAUAUUUGUAUAUUCACCAUUAUUUUGCUCUUGAACCUGAAGUGACCAAUAUUGUCUUCCUCUGACAGGAGUACUUAAUUCCUUUUAUUUUUAAAUAUUGCUGAGUGAUGUGAUGGAUGCAAAAGUAGUUACACAUUUGUGUGCUGAUUUUGGCUGUGAUAGAGUUAAUUUUCCUCACAGUAGCUAGAAUGAGGGUCAAUUUUGGAUUUGUGCUGGAAAUAGUGUUAAUAACAGAGGGAUGUUUUCAUUAUUGCUGAGCAGUGCUCACAUGGUGUAGAGGACUUUUCUGCUUCCCACCCCAUCCCAUCAGCAAGGGAGAUUGCACAAGGAGCUGGGAUGGGACACAGCCAGGACAGCUGACCCCAGCUGACCCCAGGGACACUGCAGACCAUGGUGUCAUGCUCAGUAUAUAAAGAGGUUGGGGAAAGAAGGAGGAAGAGGGUGACAAGAUCAGAGUGAUAUCAUUUGUCUUCCCAAGUCACCAUUACCUGUGAUGGAGCCCUGUUUUUCUGGGGAUGGCUGAACACCUGCCUGCCCAUGGGAAUUGGAGAAUGAAUGCUUUGCUUUGCUUGUGCAUGGGGCAUUUGUGUUCCCUACUAAACUGUCUUUAUCUCAACCCGUGGCUUUUCUCACUUUAACCCUUCCAAUUCUCUUCUCCAUCCCACUAGAAGGGAGUGACUGAGUGGCUUUGUGGGACUUAGUUGCUGGCUGGGAUUAAAUCACAGCAAUUUGUUUCAAUUUGGGCAGAUAUUUUUGAUGCUCUAGGAACUAAUAAACUGAGAUAAAACAUGGCCAAGAGCUGAAUGGAUCAAAGUCCAGUUCCUAUUUAAGUCCAUGACUAUUCCACAGGGAGAGCUUUUGCUGUUCCCUCAGGCUGUUGCCUCAUUGCAGCACAGAGUAGACAAAACAAAUGGAACUUUUAAUGAUCUUCUAUGAGCAGACUUACUGCAGCAGCAUGGAGUUCAGUAUAUCCUGUGUCUUGGCAAAAUCAGAUACCUCUCUAGAUGAAUGCUUUGUAAGCAAACCUACAUAUCCUAAGGAAGACUUUUACUAUUCAGAAAGGAGAGGGACAUCUAUGAAUUAAAUUAAUUUGGUCCGCGUAUUUUUCUUACGGCUGGCUAGAAUUGCAAGCGUCCUGUGUGUUGUUGCCUAUAGCUGUUGUGAUGUGUUAAUUUCCCCCCCUGAUUCUGUUGUAAGCUCAUCUGGUGGUAUCCUGAGUCUCCAGCUGGUUCUCCUCCAGACAAAGCCCAUGAGAAGGACACGUAGAGGUGAGCAGCUCUCAGGCACACCAGGGGCAGCUUCCGGGGAUGUGGCCCUGUGCUGUUCCAUGCUUUGGGAGUCUGUACCUAUAGAGCAACAUGUUAAACCUACCUGAUAAAAUCAAAGUAGAUGAUUGGGCCACUGAAGGAGAUGGAGAAUUUGGCAGAGGGUUGUGUAUUAUGUUUUGUGCCCCCCAGCAGGUGCAUGGUUCCCCCAACUAUUAACUUCCAGUUAGGACCUUUCCUGAGCUCUUAGUGUUAGAAUAGUUUUCUUAUGCUGAUAAUGUAUUUGUGUUAUGCAACGUACUCAGAAAACAGAAGAUUAUCUCUCUAUGACUGUCCUCUCCUCUCGAGAAGCUGUUCUCCUCUGUACAUAUGAUAUGCAGAAUGUAUGGGAGUCUUACCAGUGUUGGUUUGCAUUUUUAAGACUGUACUAAAUAAUGUGUGAUACUAUUGUGUUUUUGUAGUGGCAACUUUGAUGUAAGAUGUAAAAACUAUUUAAUUUUUUUUGUUGUUGUUGUUAUUGUUCAGCUUUUAGAGCUAGCACCAAGGACUGCAUGUUCACUAGAAUCAGCCUUUUUCAGGGGCUGUCAUAGCUGCACGCAGGCACCGGUGUUUCACCCGGCACGUAGCACCUGCGUUCUUCUUUUAAUAGGGGUCAGUUUUGAGUGGAAACUAAUUCUUCCUGAAAAGUCUAGUUUUGUCUUUCCCUCUCUCAGAUUGAAGCUUCCCCCUCCCAUGCUGUGUGCCAGCCCUGGCCCCAGGAGGAGACCUGGGAGGAAUGUCUCCUGACCCAGGGCACCCCGCUGGCAUCAGGCUCUCUCACCCCGUAGCUCAACCAGUGCAUGCUCCUUGGAAUUUGGUUUUCCUUGGAAGAGCUGGCUGUGCUAGCACAAAAACAGUGGGCUCACAUUGCAAGAAAACUUGUGCAAGUGACUUUAAAAUUAAUUUGACUUUAAAAUUGAGGGGAAUUAAGGAAGAGCCUGAGCAGCAAUUUUAGGGUCAGAAUCUUAUUGGGGUGCUUAAUAUAGCAAGAACUUGGGGUCAGUCCCUAAAAGACAGAACCAUUUGAAUGGCUUAGGUCUACAUUUUUUGUCAGGUUUGGAGAUUGAAGUGGGGCUCAGAUCCAGCCUUUCAGGCAGGGUUAACUUACUAGAUAGACUGAGUCUGAGCUCCUACUCCAGAUUGUGUGGUGGGCCAAAAGACAAGACAUGCUGCAGCUUAGGAGUUAUUUUAAUUUCAGGGUUUUUUUUUUUUCUUUUUAAUGGAGAAAGAAGUUCAAACUGCACCUGGCAAAAUGACUGACUUCAAAAGCAUGUUUUUCCUCAUUAUAUAGACACUCACAAAACAGCAUUGUGUGGCUAAAAAGGCACAUUUGUGACAAUUUCUUUCCGAGUGCCAAAAUAUAUAAGCAGUAUUGUUUGAAGGGAAAUAAAAAUUUUUUUACUGUAUUGUUAUUAUUGUUGAACAAAUAUAUUGUUUUUAAAUGUUAGAUUUUGAAGACUUUUGUAUUGUAAAUUGUUUUGUGACACGGUGCUUUUUCAUACUGGAAUUACUGAUUGCACCUAAAUAUGAAUUAUUGCUUUCUUAUAUAAAUAUGUGACCUUGAACAAUCUUGAUGAAAACCAAUGUGUGGUGGAUACCAACAGUUCAAAAAGAUUCACCUACUGAAAUCCCCUGAAUGUUCUUUCCUACUAAUAAACAUUCUGCUGCAGCUA